AUUAUUUACAUCGCGACGGCGCAAACUCGACUCGCCCACAUCCCCACCGAGAACCUAGGACUUGAGGUCGAUAUUCUGAGGCUGUUUAACAGGAGCCCAACGUAAAUUGACAAUUACCCUCCGCGCGCGGGGCCUUUCUUCAUAGUACGGCCACCGGGCCCUCCCUCGCCAAGAUGAGCAUCGAUUUCCCAAAGGAAGAGGAAGAAGUCCUUCGGCGAUGGAAGGAAAUUAAGGCAUUCGAGACACAGGUAUGCGCUAGAAAAUCCAAGGGCAAAUGGUUGUGAAAUGCGAUCGUUAACAAUCCAUAGGUUGAACUUUCUGAAGGUAGCAGCACCCCGCUAUUUGUUCCCCCUCCAAAACAAAUCUAACAAACUCCUAGGGCGACCACGGUAUACCUUUUACGAUGGCCCUCCUUUCGCAACCGGUCUUCCCCAUUAUGGGCAUCUUCUUGCCUCCACCAUCAAAGACAUCAUUCCACGGUAUUGGUCAAUGAAGGGUUUCCACGUUGAGAGACGAUUUGGUUGGGAUACGCACGGCUUGCCCAUUGAGCACGAGAUUGACAAAAAGCUCGGUAUUUCUGGAAAAGAUGCGGUUAUGAAGCUUGGGCUGGCCAAAUACAAUGAGGAAUGCAGAGCUAUUGUGAUGCGAUAUUCGUCAGAGUGGCGAACAACCAUUGAUCGGCUCGGUCGUUGGAUCGAUUUCGACAAUGAUUACAAAACCAUGGAUCCAAAGUUCAUGGAGUCGGAGUGGUGGGUGUUCAAACAAAUCUUCGACAAGGGCGGUGUUUACCAGGGCCAUAGAGUUAUGCCUUACUCGACCGCUCUCACCACCGCCUUGAGUAAUUUUGAGGCCAAUCAGAAUUACCAAGAUGUCACCGACCCAGCAGUCGUGGUAUCAUUUCCCUUGUUGGAAGAUCCAAAUACCUGCCUCUUGGCCUGGACAACAACACCUUGGACAUUGCCAUCUCACACCGGUCUCGCAGCACAUCCGGAUUUCGAGUACGUGAAAAUCCUCGACGAAGCUUCCGGCAAACACUAUAUCCUCCUAGAGAAGCUUAUGGGAACACUUUACAAGGACCCCAAGAAGGCGAAAUUCAAGAUUGUUCAGAAGCUCAAGGGAACUGAAAUGCUAGGAUGGAAGUAUGAGCCAUUAUUUGACUACUUCUAUGAGGACUUCAAAGACGUUGGUUUCAAGGUUUUCAAUGCCAAGUAUGUCACAGACGAUAGUGGUGUUGGUAUUGUUCAUCAAGCACCGGCGUUUGGUGAGGAAGAUUACAACAUCGCCAUGGAAAACGGCGUCAUUAGCGAGAAGCGACCACCCCCAAACCCUGUGGAUGACAAAGGAUGUUUUACGGCAGUUGUACGAGACUUCGUUGGUGUUCAUGUCAAGGCAGCUGACAAGGCCAUCAUUAAAUACUUGAAAGGCACUGGCAGAUUGGUUGCAGACUCACAAAUUCGACACAGUUAUCCUAUGUGUUAUCGCUCCGAUACCCCCCUCAUCUACAGAGCUGUGCCCUCUUGGUUCAUCAGAAUCCCCGAAAUUGUUCCUCAAAUGCUGAAGAAUAUUGGAGGUUCGCACUGGGUGCCCUCUUUUGUCAAAGAAAAGCGGUUUGCAAGCUGGAUCGCAAAUGCGAGAGAUUGGAAUGUAUCCCGAAACAGAUAUUGGGGUACCCCUAUUCCAUUGUGGGUUAGUGAUGAUUUGGAGGAAAAGGUCUGCGUUGGUAGUGUUCAAGAGCUCAAAGAACUCAGUGGAUACACUGGUGAAUUGACUGAUCUUCAUCGUGAUAAGAUUGAUCACAUCACUAUCCCCAGUAAGCAGGGUAAGGGACAACUGAAACGUAUUGAAGAAGUCUUCGAUUGUUGGUUCGAGUCCGGAAGUAUGCCAUACGCAAGUCAACACUAUCCCUUCGAGAACAAAGAGUCAUUCGAAAAGUCAUUCCCCGGAGAUUUCAUCGCUGAAGGUCUUGAUCAAACACGAGGCUGGUUUUAUACUAUGCUUGUUAUUGGCACACAUCUUUUUGGCGUUUCGCCUUUCAAGAAUUGCGUUGUUAAUGGUAUUGUACUUGCGGAAGAUGGUAAAAAGAUGUCGAAGCGACUCAAGAAUUACCCGGAUCCAUCGAUUGUAAUGGACAAAUACGGAUCAGACGCACUGCGCCUGUAUCUCAUCAAUUCCCCAGUUGUGAGAGCUGAACCUUUACGUUUCAAAGAAGCAGGUGUUAAGCAGGUUGUCGCUACAGUUCUUCUACCGCUUUGGAACAGUUUCAAGUUCUUCGAUGGACAGGUUGCUCUUUUGAAGAAAAUUGAAAACGUCGAUUACUGCUUCGAUCCAAAGGCAGAAGCUACCAACACCAACGUCAUGGAUAAAUGGAUUCUCGCAAGCUGUCAAAGCUUGCUCAAAUUUGUCAACGAGGAGAUGGCUGGUAAGUAGACUGCGAUCCUUCCGACUAUUCAUUGUACUAAUUAGCUGCAGGAUACCGACUUUACACUGUUGUCCCCAGAUUACUGGAUCUUAUUGACAACACUACAAACUGGUACAUUCGGUUUAACCGAAAGCGCCUAAAGGGUGAGCUCGGUGUGGAAGACACCAAGCAUGCCCUCAACACACUUUUCGAAGUCCUUUACACUCUUGUCAGAGGUCUCGCACCAUUCACACCUUUCAUCACCGAUUUGAUCUACCAAAAGCUAUUGCCUUAUAUCCCCAAAGAGCUUCAAGGAAAAGAUCCAAGAAGUGUUCAUUUCUUAGACUUCCCAGAUGUGAGAGAGGAACUUUUCAAUGCUGAUAUCGAGCGACGUGUCGGCCGUAUGCAGCGUGUCAUUGAACUUGCCAGAGUUUCCAGAGAACGAAGAACGAUUGGUCUCAAGACACCUUUAAAGACAUUGAUCGUCAUUCACGCAGACCCAGUUUACUUGGAAGACAUCAAGUCGCUGGAAGCAUACAUUACCGAGGAGCUGAAUAUUGUCGACUUGGUUCUCUCGUCCGAUGAAGCCAAGUACAAUGUUCAAUACAGCGUUAAUGCCGAUUGGCCAGUUCUCGGGAAGAAACUCAAGAAAGACGUACAAAAGGUCAAAAAGGCUCUGCCAGGACUGACAAGUGAUCAAGUACAUGAUUACGUUUUGACCAAGUCCAUAACCGUGGAUGGCAUCAAGCUAGAGGAGGGUGAUCUCGUUGUCAAACGUGGCUUAAAAGAUGACGAAUCGUCGAAGAAUCUCGAAACCAACACGGAUGAAGACGUCCUUACCAUCCUCGACGCUGAGAUCUAUGCUGACCUUGCAGAUAUCGCAGUGGCUCGAGAGAUCAUCAAUCGUGUUCAGAGACUACGAAAGAAAGCUGGCCUCCAGCCCACGGACGAUGUGAAGAUGGAGUACAAGGUGCUUUCGGAUCCUGAUAAGAUUGGACUCGACAAGGCAUUCGUGGAACAGGGCAAGGUCAUCGAGAAGGCGUUGCGACGACCGAUUGAUCAGCAUGUCGUUACGGAGGUUGAUGGAAAAAUUCCCGAGGGUAAGCAAGAGGGAAUUAUCUUGGAGGAAGAGCAAGAGAUUCAGAAUGCAGUCUUCUUGCUGAGACUGUUGAAGCUAUGAAGAUCUGAUUGGUGGUUAGAGGGGUUGCGAUGGGAUGAUUUGUGCUCUUACCUAGAAAGCGACAUGUAAACCUCUUUUGCUCAAUAAAAAAAAAGCUUCUUUAGAA